UUAUUGGGGGCUAGGGUUUAUAUUCAAAGCCUAAACCCUCCCUCGUUUCGCCACACAGCAUAGGAAAAUGUUUACAGGCGGAAAGAGCUUCGUCUCGUCGCCGCCGGCGUUCUCGAAUGACGCCAAGCGACUCCUUGUUUGCACCGGAAACACCGUCUCUGUUUUCAGCACCUCCACUGGCUUACAGACUUGUGAGUUGGAAGGGCACGAGGCGCAGGUGACUUCGGUUAUAGUCGUUCCGGCAACUAAUCCGGCAAGUAAAGUCUUGUGCUAUUGCUGGACGUCUUCCCUCGAUGGGAAGAUCAAUUACUGGGACUUCGCCGCGCCGGAAUUGAUGAGGACUAUUGACAUUCGGUUCCGAAUUCACUCGAUGGUGAUUCCAAGUCUAUUAUGCCAGAGAACUGACAGCACUGGCAAGCUUCCUGUUCCUGAUCUUUAUGCUUAUAUCUCUACUGAGGAUAUGAAACAGGAAGGAAAACCAAGCUCUUUUGCUAUACAGAAAUGUAACCUUACAAAGUCACGCUUAGUUUGUGGAGUUACUCUAGCUGAGACUCGGAAACCACGUUAUGUAACCAUUAGUCCGUCAGGGAAGUACAUUGGAACGUGUGAAAAGCGCAAGCUCCGUAUAUGGGAAAUACCUGCAAAAGAUUCCGAGCAUGUUGGUUACAAGAAAGUCAGUUUACAUCAUACAAGGCCAAUUACUACCAUGGCUUUUCAUCCGAAUGAGAGGGUGGUAGCAGCAGGCGAUGUCACAGGAAGGAUCUUACUAUGGAGAGGUGUUGGGCGUGAAACAUUCUCCAAUAGUAAGUCAUCUAAUGGCCGAAUGAACAUGGACAGAGAGGAUAUGCCUGGAGUGAGGGAUACUGAUGAUGCAGAUUCAUGUACCACAUGGCAUUGGCAUUCUUCAGAAGUGAACAUGCUCUUCUUCUCUUCCGAUGGUGCUUAUUUGUACUCAGGUGGAAAAGAAGGAGUUUUGGUUGUUUGGCAGUUAGAUACUGGAAAGAAAAAGUUCCUUCCAAGGAUUGGAUCCCCACUUCUGUAUUUCAUCAAUUCUCCAGACCCUACAUUAUCAUCUAUAUCAUGCGCAGAUAAUCAAAUUCAACUUCUUAGAAUGCCUUCGAUGGAGAUCUUGCGGUCCAUUUCGGGGAUCAAGCUUCUAUGUUCACAUAUGGAUAUGUACGAGGGAUUUGGCUCUGCUGUUGUUUUCAAUCCCACUGCUGGCUUGAUUGCAGUACCUGCAGAGAACUACCGUGUCCAACUUUACAGUUUGUUUGAUGAUCGUGAGAUUUCUCAGGUGCAAAUCUGUGAGAGAAACCAUCAGCCUGGCGAUGAAAUUACGGUAAAAGUGAAUUUGGUAGCUCUUUCUCGAGAUGGUUCUACCAUGUGCACUGUUGAAACCAGACUUCCUGAAGAAGGAAUAGGCAGCCUUGUGACUCUUAAGUUCUGGGCGUGCGGUUCACAGAAAAAACAAAUUAGCUUGUCCACUGUCAUAUAUGAACCCCACAGAGAUGCUGAGAUCUCAUGCAUAGCUUUCCGACCAACUGGCAACAUGGCUGUCAGUUCAUCACAUGGUGGAGAUUUUAAGGUGUGGGUGCAUAGGCAUGAGCUCACCCCUAAGGAUGAGACUGUUCAAAGGAGUGGCUGGACAUGUCAUGCUGUUGGAUCAUACAAGAAGAAGCCUAUGUCUACUGCUGCAUUUUCCAGUGACGGGUCUGUCCUCGCUGUUGCUGCAGACAAAGUCAUUACCUUGUGGGAUCCAGAUAGGAACACGCUGUUGGCUGUAAUUGGGGAUAGUCUAGAGCCAAUUACUAAUCUUACAUUCGUUGGGAAGUCAGAAUAUCUUGUAUCUGCUUCUGCUUCACGAGGGUCAAAAAUCUCAAAUCCACAAUUGACUGUGUGGAGUAUGUCGAAGCUGUGCGCAGCUUGGUCCUACAGGCUUGACAUAGAGGCAAUCACUUGUUCGAUGGACGAUUGCACCUUCGCGGUUCUUGCUCGAUCUAAGCCAAAUGGAUCAGCGGAUAAAUCAUCAAAGCAUGCAGAGGAUGUGAUUUUGUUGUUCAAUGCAGAAAAAGCAGUUCCCUUGUCGGUGUGGUUUGUGAGCGAGGCUCAAGGAGGAGGUCUUUCAUUUGUCAGUUCAGAUGAAGACAAAGUUUCCGGAACUUUAGGCACAGAUGAAGUACUUGCUUAUAUUAAUGGUGCUCGUGAGUAUGUUCUCUUGAACCCACACAGUGAGCAAGACAUUUCUCGUCAACGAGACUUUACUAACCUUGAUGAAACAGAUACACACGGGUAUGCAUCAGUGUACGGUGAGUUGCCAGAGUUCAGCUUGAAAGCAGAUCAGACCGCAUUCCCAUCAAUGCCAUCGGGAAAAACCUGGAAAGGUAUAUUUAGUGGACCGUCUCAUGCCCUUCCUCCCCUGCCCAAGUUAUGCUCAGACUUCCUAGAAUCAUUGUUGGAGAGGAGGUCUGGUGUUGUGGAAUAGGCCAUUUUUCGUACUUAACUGUGUUUUCGGUUAAGUAAUCGUGAGCUUGCGCCUUCUAUACAAUGCGGAAGGGAAGGAGCUGGAGGAUUUUGCUCCGGUAUACGAUUUUGUGUGUAACGCUCUACCUUUUGAUCAAGUUGAGGUGUUAAAAUAGUUUGUAACUGCAGAAUUGUAGAAUUUUGGAAAAUUAUGUACCGCUUUUAAUAUAUAAUAUUAAAUUCCAUUUUCUUUA